AUGAGCGAUGACGAGAGCACACACAGGGCCGUGCGCUGGGAGCUCGGCUGGGAGGAGCGGGAGCAGCUGAAGCGCCUCUUGCGCGAGGGCGGCAGCUACUGCGGAGCACCAGAGGUGCUGAUCGCCGCCGGGGCCGACCUGUCCGUCGUCGUCUCCGACGGCGACACGGCGCUGGACAAGGCUAUCUUCUGGGAGCACGUCGAAUGUGAACAGCUGCUCCGCUCGCACGGCGCCGCCAUGGCGGCCAAGCCAGUCGUUGUCGUGGGGAGAGGGGGCGUUGGACUGGCAGCGUUGCACGCUGGUAGCCAUUAA